GCCCUUUAAAAGGCAGAGUCUGGUCCGCAGGGGGCGGGCGGGGGGCGCUGACCGCCGCCCGAGGCCCGGCCCCUCCUCCCUGCCCCUCCCUCGGUCCGUCCCUCCCCAGGUCCCCGCGUCGCUCGCUCGCUCGCUCGCCGGGCGAACGCUCCGCCUCCGUCAGUCGGCUCGGCUGUCGAGAGAGCGGCGUGGAGCCGGAGCCGGGGCCGGACGCGCGGCCGGGGGCUGGGGGCUGGGAGAUCGGCGCCCGCCGCCUGGCGAGGCCUGAGCCACGAUGGCCGAGAUGGGCAGCAAGGGGGUGACCGCAGGGAAGAUCGCCAGCAACGUGCAGAAGAAGCUCACGCGCGCGCAGGAGAAGGUCCUCCAGAAACUAGGGAAGGCGGAUGAGACAAAGGAUGAGCAGUUUGAACAGUGUGUCCAGAAUUUCAACAAACAGCUGACCGAGGGCACUCGACUGCAGAAGGAUCUCCGGACCUACCUGGCCUCUGUCAAAGCCAUGCACGAGGCCUCCAAGAAACUGAACGAAUGUCUGCAGGAGGUGUACGAGCCCGACUGGCCUGGCAGGGAUGAAGCAAACAAGAUAGCUGAGAACAAUGACCUCCUGUGGCUGGAUUAUCACCAGAAGCUGGUGGACCAGGCACUGCUGACCAUGGACACAUACCUGGGCCAGUUCCCUGACAUCAAGUCACGCAUUGCCAAACGAGGGCGGAAAUUGGUGGACUAUGACAGCGCCCGGCACCAUUACGAGUCCCUCCAAACCGCCAAAAAGAAGGAUGAAACCAAAAUUGCCAAGCCUGUCUCGCUGCUUGAGAAAGCCGCCCCCCAGUGGUGCCAAGGCAAACUGCAGGCUCAUCUCGUAGCUCAAACUAACCUGCUCCGAAAUCAGGCAGAGGAGGAGCUCAUCAAAGCCCAGAAGGUGUUUGAGGAGAUGAAUGUGGACCUACAGGAAGAGCUGCCGUCCCUGUGGAACAGCCGUGUAGGCUUCUAUGUCAACACGUUCCAGAGCAUUGCGGGCCUGGAGGAGAACUUCCACAAGGAGAUGAGUAAGCUCAACCAGAACCUCAACGAUGUGCUGGUUAGCCUGGAGAAGCAGCACGGGAGCAACACGUUCACAGUCAAGGCCCAGCCCAGAAAGAAAACUAAACUGCUCUCCCGGCUGCUCAGAAAGAAGAACAGUGACAACGCCCCUGCAAAAGGGGACAAGAGCCCUUCGCCUCCUCCAGAUGGCUCCCCGGCCGCCCCGGAGAUCAGAGUCAACCAUGAGCCUGAGCCGCCUAGCUCAGCAGCAGCAGGGGCCGCCCUCCCCAAGUCCCCGUCUCAGCUCCGGAAAGGGCCACCAGUCCCUCCACCUCCCAAACAUACCCCGUCCAAGGAGGUCAAGCAGGAGCAGAUCCUCAGCCUGUUUGAUGACACGUUUGUCCCUGAGAUCAGCGUGACCACCCCCUCCCAGUUUGAGGCCCCGGGGCCUUUCUCGGAGCAGGCCAGUCUGCUGGACCUGGACUUUGACCCCCUCCCGCCUGUGGCGAGCCCCGUGAAGGCGCCCACACCCUCUGGUCAGUCAAUUCCAUGGGACCUCUGGGAGCCCACAGAGAGUCCAGCUGGCAGCCUGCCUUCCGGGGAGCCCAGUGCUGCCGAGGGCACCUUUGCUGUGGCCUGGCCCAGCCACACGGCCGAGCCGGGGCCUGCCCAACCAGCAGAGGCCUCCGAGGUGGCGGGUGGGACCCGACCUGCGGCUGGAGCCCAGGAGCCCGGGGAGACAGCAGCAAGUGAAGCAGCCUCCAGCUCUCUCCCUGCCGUGGUGGUAGAGACCUUCUCAGCGACCGUGAAUGGCACCGUGGAGGGCAGCGGUGGGGCAGGACGCUUGGAUCUGCCCCCGGGGUUCAUGUUCAAGGUACAGGCCCAGCACGACUACGUGGCCACCGACACGGAUGAGCUGCAGCUCAAGGCUGGUGAUGUGGUACUGGUGAUCCCCUUCCAGAACCCUGAGGAGCAGGAUGAAGGCUGGCUCAUGGGCGUGAAGGAGAGUGACUGGAACCAGCACCUAGAGCUGGAGAAAUGUCGGGGCGUCUUCCCCGAGAACUUCACCGAGCGGGUUCAGUGAGGGCAGCAGCUGCUGCAGCUGUCUGGGCAUGUGGAGAACACCUUUUCCCAAAAAAUGUGUGUGUCUUUCUUUCUUUCUUUCUUUCUUUCUUUCUUUCUUUCUUUCUUCCUCUUUCUUUCUCCCUCUUUCUUUCUUUCUUUCUUUCUUUCUUUCUUUCUUUCUUCUCUCUCUCUUUUUUUUUUCCUGAUUUUGUUUUUGAACUUUUGAAAAGCGAAGGGAAAUCGAGAGAGAGACCUAAGCCAAGAGGUGUUCUCCCAGGGAUUAGGUUGUGUUCCAAAGAGUCUGGUUUCGGCGAGUCCAGUGGCAUCACCAGUGUUCUUGAAGCUGCCGUGUCCCCUAGUUGAGUUCCUGGCCGCCCCCAUCUCCCACUGCGCCCGCAUGUGUGCCUGGCCGUAGGGCCGGGGCCUGGGGGCCGCUGAGCCGCCUUGCUUGCCUGAAGCUUCGGGCCAAGCAGUCUGGGCAAGUGUCCUCUUUCUCCUGGCAGCUGCUGUGGGUGGGGUCAGGUCUCUCCAGAGACCUGGGGGCCCAGACAUCAGGCUGGCCUGGCCCUGCCCCGCAGACCGUCUGUGUGCUGUUUGAAAAUAAACCUUAGUGUUCAAAACGAAAUGAAACAAACUGAACAAAAACCCUCAGAAAA